AUUUCUCAAAGAAGCGUAAAACCCCUCAAAAACCUCUAAACACUGUUUCUCCAGAAACCCUAACUUUAGACGUUUGUCUUCUCCCGAAAUGGCCUCUCGCUACAGAGCUGCGUCGAAACCCCUUCACGCUCUACUCAAAUCCACAAUCAACAAACCUACCAUUAAACCCAAAUCCUCACCUUUUCUUCCCUCCACUACCUCUUCCUCCACAUUCUCAAGGUCGGUUCCUCAACUAGGUUGUGUUCAGUCUCUGCUUCCUCUGCACACAGCAGUAUCUACGGCCAGGCUAACGUCGUGUCUUGGCAUUGAUUCAAGGGGCUCGAGAUCGUUGUCUCAGGGUAUGCUUAGCAGUGCAAACCCAGGAGUUUGAUAAUCUCCAAAUCUUUUGUGUUUUGUUUCUAGCUGGGACUCAGUGUGCCGCGAUAACAGGCUGUAAGAAGACGGUGGUUGAUGGAUCAUUGCUUUUCUUCUUGUGAGGCCCUUUUCAUUAUCAGUUGAAGUUAUAAUUAACAGUUGUGUAUGAGGGUGACUAGGCUGCAACAAUUUUGAAUUCUCUCAACUAUUUAUUGUUCUGAGAGUUGUUGAAAAAUUUGUCAGUUAGAUUUGAGUUGCCUAAAGCUGUUAUAAGGACAAAAAAAAAUUGUCUGCUAUGAAUUAUCUUUUUUUUUUUUUUAAUGAAGAACAUCAAAGUUUUGGGUAUUGAUAUUUCAAUAUACCCAUAAUUAUUGAAUCUCAGCCUUUUUAUCUUA